UCUGUUAAUUAAAUUUUUAACAACCGUAACUUUCGUACAUUAAGCAUGAGCCGAAUCACAUUUGCAAAAAAUUCUUCCAAAUAGUCCUGUUUAAUGAUAACAAAAAUGUCAUCUACAUACCGUAGCCAGACCUUUGGUGGACCAACACUUCUUUCGAUUGCACUAGUUUCGAGUGAAUGCAUGAAUAAAUUCGCAAUAAUCGGAGAAACUGGUGAAUCCAUAGCUAUGCCUUCUUUUUGUCUGUAUAGGUCUCCGCGAAAUAUGAAUAAGGUGGACCUUAAACAUAGUUCCAAACAUUUUAUAAACUCAGAUGGAUCUAACGGGCAACGUAAAUUUAAAUCCAAAUCACAUACUAAACAUGCAUAAAUAAUAUCCAACGCUCUGUUGAUAGGUACGUUAGUAAAUGGGUUACUUGUUGUAACCCUAAUGUAUCAACCUAAUGGGUUACAACCAACUGGUUCUAGACCAAAUUCCAAAAAUAUUUCAAUGGCCCUACAGAACAAAGAUAUACUUUCCGGUACUAUGCUUUACCCUACUCAUCGUAAGGGAGGUUAUGAGGACACACUUCGUUCAACCGUUGCACGAGACGGGCACUACAACCAUCAUGUAAGCAGGCCUACUAUUAGUCAGACGGUAAUGAACCAACGUGCUUCAUGGUUACCCUCAAAUGCUUUAAAUAUUAAACCUACAACAUGCAACUCUUCUCAUCACUUUCACAGUGGGGAAGAUGGAAUAUUAGGUUACGCACCAUCAACUCAACCCCAACUAGCAGGUGCUUGUCUUGACUGUCCACUAAGAAAAUUGAUCCAAAAUAAUGAUUUUUUCGGCCUCCAGAAAUCCCUUGUUCCAUUAGCACUACAGUUCGCUCAAGCUAUAGCCCAUACGAUCAGGCAAACACAUUAAAUCAUAGUCCAGACAUAUCUAGAACUGAUACCAUAGAUAGGGAUGCUCUCGGUUUUUUUACACUUCAUACUCUCCUUUUAAACUUAUCACUUAUCAAUGCAAGUUUACUUCUAAACAAAAUUUCAGCCUUCAGAACCUUAGCUUUUCUAGCCAAGCCUUCUUUUAUACAUAUCACUGAAACAUUGUGCUAUCCAGCAGUAUCCGAUUCCGAAUUAA